AUGGAAUGGGCUCCAACGGUUGCGUUGUUGGUAAACGUUGUCGUUAUGGUCCCAAUUUCCUUACCAAAUGGCAUUGAUAUCAAGUGCUAUCGUAUUGGCGAGUUCAACGCUCUAACGGAAAUCAGAACCAAUUUUCCCAAUCUGUUCCGCAUAUCGAAGCUGAUAUUCACUUGUUUUAUCAUUUUUCAUUGGAAUGGAUGCUUGUACUUCUUCAUCAGCGUUGUCUAUGAUUUUCCA